AGGUCAGAGGAGCAGGCUCGGCUUUUUGAUCCGCACCCAUCCGCAAGCGGUGAAAACUGUCCUUGCCAAUGUUUGAUUUGUGGGUGGAGUUUGUGAAUGCAGCGGCAGAGGUUUUCUCUGGAGGGGUUUAAAGCUCGAGCAGGGGAAGCUACUCUUUUGCCCUGCACGGCCUUCUAGGGCGGUGAAGCCCUACCUCCAGUCACGGACUCGCCGUGUUUGUUCACAUUUCUGGCGCUCUACACUGAUGGAAUAUCAACUUCCAACUCCUUUCAAGUCACAUAAAGGCAAGCGGCAAGCCAUGGCUUUUUUGGGGGGGUGAACUCAGUGAGAACUGCUCAGGAUCGCUCAGGACUCCUUGGCGCCGGGAUUCUGUCCAAUUUCCGUUGGCGCUCGGUCUUUCCGAGGUAGAUCGCCCCGACCAGUAUUUUCCAGGGGGGUCUUUCACUUGGAGAUCUCCCGAUUUUAAAGCUUCAAGAGAAACGGGAACGGUGAAGGCUGCUCCCAAAAAAGGCCCCACCGCCGUUCCACCGCGAAAGACUUCGCCCCCAAUAGUCCUUAGGUUCAUAGGCCAUCAAUCUCAGCCUCGUCUCAAUCGCCACCCCGACCUCGACUCGGGCGGCUCGGGCUCCCAGCGCGGGGAACGCCGCGCGGGGAACGCCGCGCGCGAACGCCACGCCAUGGUGCCAUGCCGCUGCCGCUCCGGGGACCCGGUUUCCCGGACGCCCCGCGGCCGAAGGUGAACUACCGGGCGGUGGGCCGCGGCACGGGAGGGGUUUGCAAGAAGCGGAUCCCGACCUUCAUCAAGGAUGUUGACCCCCCGACGCCCAGCAGCGUACCGACCAAGUACCAGACGGUCUUGUAUGGCCGGAACCGGGAGCGGCACGGGUUCGCCUCGCAGGCGCCCCGCUUCGCGCCCGGCCGCGCGUCCGCGACGCCGGGGCCCGGGUGCUACGCCGCGGAGCCGGAGCCGGCGGAGCUGGAGCUGGGAGCGCUGGUAAGCGAGGUGCCCAUGAGGGGCAAAGGACCUUUUGCCUCUCGCACUCCGCGCCUGCCUCAUACCUCCAAGAUCCACGGUUACGUCCCUCCGGGCCCCGGCACCUACGGCGCGACGACCGGCAGCUCCGCGUCGCCUCGCGCGGCGUCGCCCAGCGCGUGCUUCGUGCUGCCCGGCGCCGGGAAUCCGGCGAAGUACUGCGCGGAGCCGGAGCCGGGGCCGGGGAGCUACUUGGGCACCGAUGUGGUGGUGCCUUCAGGAAGAUCAGCAGCCACUGCGGUCUUUGGCAGCAGCCCCCGCAAGACGAUGCACGGCCAGGAGUCCGACCGGCCAGGACCUGGCCAAUAUGAUCAGGUCGAUGCAGAGGAGCGGAUGAGGAGCACCCAGAGGCCCAGUCAGAAGCGCCUGGUGCACGAGCCGCUGGACACCGAAACGGCGCAGCUCCGCCGCGGCACCGAGCUGCUGAAGACCCUGGACGCCUCGCCGCGCGGCACGCGCCACGACGCCUCGCCGCGACCCGCGGAGCCGAGCGGCGCCGAGUGCGGCGCCGUGCCGGGGCCCGGGCAGUAUGACAUCCCGCGGCUGGAGGUGGUGCGUGGGACUGGUUCGAAGGGGCUGAGCAGCUUUCACAUGGGGAAGUCGCAUCAUCCAAGAACCUGGAGAGGCCCCGCACCGGGCCCGACGGAUUACGCGGCCCCGGUCGAGGGCCACCUGGGCCGGGCGAAACCGCCGCUCAGCACCAUGGUCUCGCGCAGCGCACGCUUCGGCACGCCGCGCUGCCGCGCGCCGGGGCCUGCCUACUACGAGGUGAAGGUGGAGCGGCCCAACUCUUUCCAUUUGAAUAUGGAAAACACUUGGGUGGCCUAAUGGCUGGUCAGAUCGUCAGUCUGAGCGGAUGCUUUCAGAUCCUUGGCGGCGUCGAUGACUCGAUGACUCGACUCGUCGCAGGGAAGCGGGGAAGCUUGUGGUGGAGAGUGGGGGCAUUCAGACUUGCAUCACACAUGACCCGGACUGGGCCGCCGGGGGUUCCCUUUUUUCCCCCCCCUCCGCAUCAAGAAAACGCUUCGCUCCAGAAUUUGAGCUGUUCCCUGCGCUUCUUUAGCUCCGCAACUAGUCGGCGGCCGAGUUGCCACAUUGUGCUGCAGCUUUCAGGUCUUUGGAAAAGAAUCUUGAACCAUUUGGUUCGCCCCAAAAGGUUCGCCCCCCCCUUCUUGUGAGGCGUUCGCCUGUGAGUUUGACCGAAGCUCCGCCUCUUGGAACUUGGAACUCGAUUCCUGCAGGAGUUGGGCUUUUCAGCUCCCAUUCCGAAGGCUGGACAUCGCUCUCCGGCCAUCCGUUGGUACGGGUCUGGGUGCGGAGAAUUUCACCGAAAAAAAGGGGGUCAGGAGUUUUCCUGACUGACAGAUGCCUGGCCUGGGUUUUUCCGCACCUGACCUUGGAUGCGAGUUUCACCCUGCAGCUCUGGUCAAAGAAGUCCUGGCUCAGGAGCUGUUCGAUUCACGACUCGGCACGUGCAACGCGCAGGCGAGAGCCUGGCCGUGGAUCGAAAA